AUGGCGAGCAUUGCGAGCGUCGAGGUGCGCGAUCCCGCGACGUGCGCGGCGCUGCGCGAGUUCCACACGCACCACGUGGACCUGGAGCUGGAGGUGGACGUUGCCAAGCGGCGCGUCGCCGGCGUGGCCACGCUGUCCGUCAAGAGGCUCGAGGCCGGCGCGACGGCGACGCUGCUGCGUCUGGACGUGUUCCACCUCGCGAUCCACUCGGUGUGCGUGGCUCUGCCCGAGGAGGACACGAUUGCCGCUCAAUGGAGCAUCAAGCCCUUCACGGCCUUCGGACAGGCGCUGGAGGUCGAAAUCCCGGACGAACUGGCGCAGGCCGGCGCCUUUGAGCUCACGAUCCGCUACGAGACGGACCCGGAGAGCCCCGGUGUCUGCUGGCUGGAGAAGGAGCAGACGGCCGGCAACAAGCUCCCCUUCGUGUACACCCAGGGCCAGGAGGUGCUGAACCGCAGCUUCUUCCCGUGCCAGGACUCGCCGUCCGUGCGUGUCACGUACACGGCCUCGGUGGUCGUGCCCAAGGAGCUGGUGUGCGUCAUGAGCGCCAAGCUGUGCGAUGUGGAGGAUUACGUGCCGGAAGAGGAGGAUGGGGGUGAGAAGGAGGUGGUUGCAACCAAGAAGAAGUUCACUUUCGAGAUGAAACAGUCCAUUCCAGUGUAUCUGGUGGCCAUGGCGGUGGGAGAUCUCGUGGAAGCGGAGGUCGGACCGAGAUCCAGCAUCUGGACGGAGCCGUGCAUGAUCGAGGCUGCAACGAAGGAGUUUGACGGAGUUCUUGAAGAGUACUUGGCCAUCGGAGAGCGACUUUUCGGUGACUACCUGUGGGAGCGCUAUGACAUGCUCGUCAUGCCACCAUCCUUCCCCUACGGCGGAAUGGAGAACCCGCGACUGACGUUCGUGUCGCCUUGCACCAUUGCCGGCGACAAGUCACUCGUGUCGAUUGUGGCGCACGAGCUCUCUCACUCCUGGUUCGGCAAUUUGGUGACAAAUGCAACGUGGAGCGACUUCUUCCUGAAUGAAGGCUUCACGAUGUACGCCGAGCGACGUAUUACGGAAGUAUCACACGGAAGACCGUUGAGCUGCCUCGACGCCAAGCUGGGCGAGGCAUUGCUGCGUGAGGAGAUCUCGUCGCUCGGCGAGCAGUCUCCUUUGACACGACUGCGGGUCCCACUUGAAGAGGGAAUCGAUCCUGGUGAUUGCUAUAACCAGUGUGCUUACGAGAAGGGCUACGCGUUCGUCUGCUACCUUCGAAGCCUCGUGGGGUCUGAUGAGGUGUUCGACGACUUCCUCAAACGAUACUGCGCCGAGUAUCGUUUCCAGUCGAUCCCGGCGGAAACCAUGAUCGCGUUUUUCCUUAAAAGCUUCCCUGAGCUGGCAAAUGCCGCAGGAACUGACCUUAAGGGCGACAUAUCGUUCAACACGUGGCUGAACGAGCCGGGUUAUCCACACUUCACACCGAAUCUGUCGGAUGCGCAGGAAAUAAUGCAAAACUGCGAGUCGCUGGCGUUCCAUUGGCGAUCGUCAUCUACUCCUGUGCAGCCCAGUGUGCUGUACCUGUCGGAGGAGGCCAAAACGUGGGAGGCACAGCCGGUGCUGUACUUCUUGGAUUGCUGCCUGGAGACGAAUUUCUCGGACGCGGACGUCGUGAUUGCGCUGGGCGACACGCUUUCGCUGUGGAACUCGCACAACUCGGAGAUUCUGUUCCGUUGGGCAUUGGUGCUGAUCAAGAACUGCGUCGUCAGCAAGCUACCCGUCGUGCGCAGGUUCCUGGAGAUGCAGGGCAAGCAGAAGUUCCAGCUUCCAGUGUACCGCCUGCUCACGUCAAGCUCCAGCGUCGAGGUGCGCAAGUUUGCCGCCGACACUUAUUCCGCUACGAAGAGCAUGCUACACGUGAUGGUCCGCGAUCGGAUUGAGCUGCUGCUUGGAGCCAUGGACAAGUAA